GUCUUUAUCUAUGGUUGAAACUUGUCAGACUUGCACUUUUUUCUCUGUAGCCGACGGUACUGACUGACAGAAAUCUUGUCAAAGUCCAAAUUUGAAACGAACAUCACAACCCAUUUAUUACGCAAAAUUCACUAGGAAAAAAUGGAUCUUUUCCGAAAACUCUUUGGAUUGCCGCCCCAGCCUUACAACUCUCCUAACUUUGACCAAGAAAACACCUCUAUUAAACCCCCGGAGAAUGGAAGAAACUUUAACAUUUUCACCGAUCCGUUAGAGAUGCAUCGCUACUUAGAGCAGCAGAUGGACAUGCUCGCCACAAGCUUUGGGAUGCUGAACUUUGGCCACCUUUUCGGUGCCCUGGAAAAGUUCCAUGGGGAUGAUCCUUAUCAAGAGGAAGGAUUUUCUCCAAAUUCCAGGGAUAGUUUCCUGAAUACAGACUAUGAGAGUCCGAGCUAUGAGUAUCCUUCUAACUCAGGCAAAGCAGACAAGGACCUUGAUGGGAAGUUGAACUUAACUGAGCUGGAUGCACUAUUCAAUAAACCAGACGAAAGGGAGACUGGCUUUGCAGGUGGGAACCCAUUCGGGAGGUCUUCAGGAACCUUCAAGAAAUCCGUCGAAGUCCGGACUGUUCUAAGCCCGGAUGGCUCCUACAAACUCCAAAAAAUUGUAAUCGAUAGUGAGGGAAAUAAGGAAACCACUGUAACUAAGAUAAUCGACGACAAAGAGUAUACGACUAUCAGGAGGCAGUACAUGGAUCAUUAAUAAUGGACCUGAAGAGGACAGGCAUGGAACAAUUCUUUUUAAGUCCCUUUUUGAAUAAAUCAAGCUAGACUAGAAGAGCGUUUGCAUCUCAUGUGUGUAUUGCACGUAAGUUAAAAGAGCAAUGUUAUUGAUAAAUAACGUGUAUUAUUUAAUUUUUAUUUACAGAGCUUAUAUUUACAUAUAUAAUACUUCUAGAGUCACUAUUUACAUUUCUACACACAUCUAGUGAUAAUAGUUUAUUUAUAAAACAAAUUUUUCAAUCUACCAGGUUGACAACUUUGGUUUUAAUAUAGGCCUUGUAAAUAUAGGUUUGGAAUGUGAAUAUAAUUUACUGUUAACAUCGACGAACAAUAAUAAUAUUUAUAUAA